AUGACUGACAUCAAAACUCCCCUCACCGCCAGCCGGAAGGACAAACUCCUGUCACGACGGUAUGUCGAGGGAUUGAUCGCUGAUGGCAGCUGGGUCAUCAUCUUCGAGGGUAGAGCCCUCAAGGUAAAUGCCUGGACGCCGUUCCACCCCGGAGGUGACAAGUCUAUGCAGCAUAUGGUCGGCAAGGAUGCCACAGAUGAGAUCAACGCACUGCAUUCGAAAGAGACUCGCCAGAAAAUGCUUUCUUUCCAGAUCGGACGCGUCGAAGAACCGUGGACAAAUUUCCUCCCCCCCAUUCAAGGCGGAAAGUUUCGCCCCUACCCAGACGAGGAUAAUGAUACGACGGACGAGGACAACUCCAGCCAGGAAAGGUCCAACCCCCCUUCUCCCAUCUUUGACCCAGUGGAUGCGCAGCCUGGUGCUCGCCGGAGAAGGUCUGUUUCGUCUCUGGAUACCACUGUCUCAACCCCAGCUGAUCACGGAUCCGAGCCAAAACCAUCCUUCCUCGACGCUCGUACACGAGAGGAGAUCAGCUCAAUUGCUGCAAAGUAUCCAUCUCUCGAUAUAGAGACUCAGGAAUUUAUUCGAAAGAGGUAUCGCGAGCUGGAUCAACGUAUUGCGGCGGAGGGCCUCUACGAAUGCCGCUACUUCUCGUACUUGAUCGAAUGCUGCCGGUAUACACUCUUCGCGAGUUUAUUUUAUAUAUUCCUUCGAUGGGGCUGGUAUGGGACUUCGGCAUUUUUCCUCGGCUGUUUCUGGCAUCAGCUCGUGUUUACUGCCCACGAUGCGGGUCAUAUAGCCAUCACUCACAACUACCAGGUCGAUAGUGUGAUUGGGAUUAUCAUUGCGGACUAUCUGGGAGGCCUCAGCUUGGGCUGGUGGAAACGAAACCACAACGUUCAUCACAUCGUCACCAAUGCCCCUGAGCACGACCCGGACAUUGAGCACAUGCCCUUCUUUGCCAUUUCCCAUCGCUUUCUUACCAACUUGCGAAGUACCUACUAUGAACGCAUCAUGACCUUCGAUGCGGCAGCCCAGGUAUUGCUGAAGUAUCAGGACUAUCUGUAUUAUAUAAUCCUGCUUUUCGGCCGAUUCAAUCUCUACCGCUUGAGCUGGCAGUACUUACUGUGCGGCCAGGCCCCGAAGAAGGGCCCUGCUGGCUGGCACCGCUGGCUCGAACUGUUUGGACAGGUCUUCUUCUGGUACUGGUUUGGUUACAGAGUACUAUACUGCUCCGUCCCCGAUUGGCCAAAUCGCAUACUCUUCAUCCUGAUAUCGCACUGGGUCACCUCGCCGCUACAUGUGCAGAUCACUCUCUCGCACUUUGCCAUGUCGACCGCUGAUCUAGGUGUCCACGAAUCCUUCCCGCAGAUGACGCUCCGCACAACCAUGGAUGUUGACUGUCCGACCUGGUUGGACUUCUUUCACGGCGGUCUCCAGUUCCAGGCCAUCCACCAUCUCUUCCCGCGUAUACCACGCCACAAUCUGCGUCGCACCCAGAGGCUCGUUUUAGAGUUCUCCCGUGAUACAGGUAUUCCGUACAUGCUCUUUACGUUUAUCGAUGGCAACAAAGAAGUCAUUAGUAGACUGGGAGAUGUCGCGAAACAGGUUCGUAUCCUGGAGGAAUGCAGAAAAUUCUGCGCGCAGAAGGGGGUCGGCUCUCAUUAA